AUGACGCUUGUCAACUCGGCAUCGGGGCCACUCCGGGCCAGCACCCUCCAGCUGCCUGCGGCUGCAUCCUCUUCUCGAUGGUUUUCCUCAACCCCAUGUCCUUCCGUUUGGGUCCAAAAACGCAUCAAGGUCCAGCUCAGAACUGACCAUCCGAGCCACGGUAAAGCAGGACAAGUGAUUCGGGUCAAACCGGGCCAUAUGAGGCAGCAACUGUUCCCUUCUGGGCAGGCGCUGUACUGUGCAAAAGAUGGGAUCCCGAUCCACCACUACCAACCAAGCGUGCGACCAGGUACGAAGGUGCCUGCGCCCGGCUUAUCCCGCCCGCUAGUCGACAUCCUCAAGCGUCUCGGCGUCCAGAUGCCGAUCACUAGGAACGAGCUUCGGGAGGCACAAUCCCAAAUCAACCAGUGGAAACGGGCGGCCAAUCCGUCUAUCCAAGGCGUACGCUCGCCAACGCCCGCAGCACCAGUCCAAUCGGUACUCUCCCCUCAUUCCGGGCCCCUAUCACCUCCGAAAGGUCUUGCUCAAGCUCUUCAAACUCUCAGCCAAACUCUCCAGUCAACUCAGGAACCGCUGCUCGUCUUCAAACGCUCGGGGCCCGAAACCUCCGACUCGCUCUACUCCUCGAUCAAAGCCGACGAGAUCAUUGCCAGCUUGGUCGACAAACUUGAGUUCAAACCUGACCAGACAUCAGAAAUCCCUCCCCUGGCCGAGUUCUUGAAAAUUGCCGGGUGCUCAGACUCGCUCCAAGAACUGUCUCCGCAAUCAUCCGCCCACCUCGACCCUCUUCCUAGAUUUAAACCGAUCAAACGCGUCGGGCAUUAUCGGCUCUCUUUCUCUCUCAAUGCAUCAUCCCAUCAUCCGUCAAAAGAUUCUGAUCUUCCUACUUACUCGUUCCCUAUCCUAGUUGAAAAAUGA